ACCCUGCCACAUCCAUUCGAUUCCACUUUAGGUAACAACUUCACCGCUUCGAGCUGUCCGAACUUCUUCCGUGGCUUCCUGAACAACGAUACUUUUACCAGCUGUCUGCCGCUCUCACUGUUGCUUCAGACUUCCAGUGGGUUCUUCGCCGCCGAACGGUCUCUUGUCCGCUUAAGCCAAGUUUUAGACGCGACCUGCAAUGUGAACUUCACCGCUUGUUCUGCCACGAUGUCUUGGUUCGCGCAGCAAAUACAACUCCAGAGCAAUUGCGGUGCGGACUUGGCACUGCAAAAUCCAAUGGUCGUGCAAGCCUUUAACGGCUUCCUUGGUUACGCGCCUCUCUACCAUGCUGGCUGCUUGACGGACACAACGGGUAGCUAUUGCUUCGCCGAUGCCGUGCUAAAUCAGUCUGCGCCUUCCGGCAGCUACGUAUAUUACCUUCCGCUGGGCGUACAACUACCGGCCGGGACGCGACCAACAUGCAAUACCUGCUUGCAAAACACCAUGUCGAUUUUCGCUUCGGCUGCGAGCAACAAGAGCGUCCCUCUGAGCGAGGAUUACACUGCUGCAGCUCAGCAGGUCGACAUAGAUUGUGGGCCUAAUUUUGUAUCGACGUCG